AUGACGCGCAUCCUCCUCACCCUCCUCGCCACGGCUGCCGCCUUCCAAGGCGCCCUCGGUGCCCCCUUCCCUCAAGUCGGCGGCAAGCCCACUGGCACCACUCCUCCGGCCCUGCCCUCCAGGCCUAUCGGUCCCGGUAGUACCCCGCCUCAGCCUCCCCGGCCUCCCUUUCCCCUCGGCACCGGAAUUGCCCCACCUCCGCCUCCCGGGCCUCCCCCGCCCCUCGGCACCGGAAUCGCACCGCCUCAACCUCCCGGGCCUCCCCUACCCCUCGGUACCGGGAUUGCCCCGCCUCAGCCUCCCCUACCCGCCAAGCCUAUCGGUACCGCUCCUCCGGCCCUACCACCCAAGCCUAUCGGCACCGGUAGCGCACCGCCUCCGCCUCCCGCGCCUCCCAAGCCAACCGCUACUAUUCCAGUCCCCAGCCCGCCACCUAAACCCACCGGUCCCCCGCCCAAGCCUACCGUUACGGCUUCUGUCCCGGUCCCACCUACGCCUACGACCACUGCUUGA